AUGGCGGCCUUGGGGCCCGGAGGCUACGCGCGGAACGAUGCAGUCGAGAAGUUGCCAUCCAUCAUGGCGGGAGUUCCGGCGCGGAGGGCCCAGUCCUCCCCGCCCCCCGUUCCACCGCUCUGCCUCCGGCGGCGGACGAGACUCUCGGCGGCGCCCGAGGACACGGUGCAGAACCGGGUAUCACUUGAGAAGGUGCUUGGCAUCACAGCCCAGAACAGCAAUGGCCUAACCUGUGACCCCAGCACAGGCCAUGUGGCCUACCUGGCAGGCUGUGUGGUGGUGGUUUUGAACCCCAAGGAGAACAAGCAGCAGCACAUUUUUAAUACAGCCAGGAAGUCUCUGAGUGCCCUGGCCUUCUCCCCUGAUGGAAAGUACAUAGUGACGGGGGAGAACGGGCACAGGCCUGCCGUGCGCAUCUGGGACGUGGAAGAGAAGAGUCAGGUGGCGGAGAUGCUGGGCCACAAGUACGGUGUGGCCUGUGUGGCCUUCUCCCCCAGUAUGAAGCACAUUGUGUCCAUGGGCUACCAGCACGACAUGGUACUCAACGUCUGGGACUGGAAGAAAGACAUCGUGGUGGCCUCCAACAAAGUAUCAUGCAGGGUCAUUGCCCUCUCCUUCUCAGAGGAUAGCAGUUAUUUUGUCACUGUUGGGAACCGGCAUGUGAGGUUCUGGUUCUUGGAAGUCUCCACUGAAGCAAAGGUGACGAGCACAGUGCCCCUCGUGGGGCGCUCAGGCAUCCUGGGUGAGCUGCACAACAACGUCUUCUGUGGUGUGGCUUGUGGCCGGGGCCAGAUGACAGGCAGUACCUUCUGUGUGUCCUACUCGGGCCUCCUCUGCCAGUUCAACGAGAAGAGGGUGCUGGAGAAGUGGAUCAACCUAAAGGUCUCGCUGUCUUCCUGCCUCUGUGUCAGCCAGGAGCUCAUCUUCUGCGGCUGCACAGAUGGGAUAGUCCGCAUAUUCCAAGCCCACAGCCUGCAAUACCUCGCCAACCUGCCCAAGCCACACUACCUUGGAGUGGAUGUGGCCCAGGGCCUGGAGCCCAGCUUCCUUUUCCGCAGGAAGGCAGAAGCCAUCUACCCGGAUACAGUGGCGCUGAUCUUCGACCCCAUCCACCAGUGGCUGUCCUGUGUGUAUAAGGACCACAGCAUCUACAUCUGGGAUGUCAAAGACAUCAACAAAGUAGGCAAGGUGUGGUCAGAGCUCUUCCACAGCUCCUACGUCUGGAACGUGGAGGUGUAUCCUGAGUUUGAAGAUCAGAGAGCUUGUCUGCCAUCAGGAUCUUUUCUGACUUGUUCCUCAGACAAUACCAUCCGCUUCUGGAACAUGGACGGCAGCCCUGACUCUCACUGGCAGAAGAACAUCUUCAGUAAUACCCUGCUGAAGGUUGUGUAUGUGGAGAAUGACAUCCAGCACCUGCAGAACAUGUCACACUUCCCAGACCGGGGAAGUGAGAAUGGGAUGCCUGUGGACAUGAAAGCUGGGGUACGAGUCAUGCAGGUCAGUCCUGACGGCCAACACUUGGCUUCAGGCGACCGAAGUGGAAAUCUGAGGAUCCACGAGCUGCACUUCAUGGACGAGCUGGUCAAGGUGGAGGCCCAUGAUGCUGAGGUGCUGUGCCUGGAGUACUCCAAGCCUGAGACAGGGUUGACCUUGCUGGCCUCAGCCAGUCGGGACCGACUGAUCCACGUGCUGAACGUGGAGAAGAACUACAACCUGGAGCAGACCCUGGAUGACCAUUCCUCCUCCAUCACAGCCAUCAAGUUUGCUGGCCACAGGGACAUCCAGAUGAUCAGCUGUGGGGCAGACAAGAGCAUCUACUUCCGCAGUGCCCAGCGGGCCUCAGAUGGACUACACUUUGUCCGUACCCACCACGUGGCAGAGAAGACCACCUUGUAUGACAUGGACAUUGACAUUACCCAGAAGUAUGUGGCUGUGGCCUGCCAGGACCGCAACGUAAGAGUCUACAACACCGUGAACGGGAAGCAGAAGAAGUGCUACAAGGGCUCCCAGGGUGAUGAAGGGUCCCUGCUGAAGGUCCAUGUGGAUCCCUCAGGCACCUUCCUGGCCACAAGCUGCUCUGACAAAAGCAUCUCGGUGAUUGAUUUUUACUCCGGCGAGUGCGUUGCCAAGAUGUUUGGCCAUUCAGAAAUCGUCACCGGCAUGAAGUUCACCUAUGAUUGUCGUCACUUGAUCACAGUAUCCGGAGACAGCUGCGUGUUCAUCUGGCACUUGGGCCCGGAGAUCACCAGCUGCAUGAAGCAGCACUUGCUGGAGAUUGACCACCGUGAGCAGCAGCAGCAGAACACGAAGGGCAGGAACUGGAGCAGCCACCCCAGGCAGGAGACAUAUGCAUCCAUGCCCAACGAGAUUUGCUCCCUAAGCCCUGGAGAGCAGACGGAGGAUGAGCUGGAGGAAGAAUGUGAACCUGAAGAGUUACUAAAGACACCGUCAAAAGAGAUUUUGGAUCCAGAUCCUCGGUGCCUGCUGACCAACGGCAAGCUGCCACUCUGGGCAAAGCGGCUGCUAGGAGAUGAUGAUGUGGCAGACAGCUCGGCCUUCCAUGCCAAGCGCAGCUACCAGCCACAUGGCCGCUGGGCGGAGCGGGCUGACCAGGAACCUCUCAAGACCAUCCUGGAUGCCCGGGACCUGGAUUGCUACUUUACCCCCAUGAAGCCCAAGAACCUAGAGGAUUCUGUUCUAGAUACAGUGGAGCCGCAGAGACUGGCGGGCCUGCUGAGUGAGUCAGAGAGUCCCCAGGACAAUGGCUGCAGGCCUCCCUCCUUACCACCUCUACAGAGGGAGUCUUCUGAGGCCAGCGAGCUCAUCAUCUACCCACUGGAGACAGAGGUGACAGUCACAGGGACAGACAGCAAGUACUGUGCGGAAGAAGUAGCGAGGGCGCCAGGAGACCAGCAAGGUGACUCCUGCCUCAGGGCCCCCUCCAUUGACUCGAAGGACCGGAGCCUACCUGAGGACUCAGGGGAGUCAGAGGCUGACUUGGAGUGCAGCUUUACCACCAUCCAUUCCUCCCCUCCACAGCCAGACCCAGACCCUCAGUUUGAUGUGACGCCUCCUACACCAGGAUGCCCAGGUACCGCAGAAGAGUUGUCCCAGCCCGAGGUGCCAAGCAUAUCCAACGGCUCCCUGCCCCAGACCCCUGAGCAAGAGAAGUUCCUCCGCCACCACUUCGAGACACUUACUGACGCCCACCCUGAGGAGCCCUUCCACGGAUCCCUGAGAGACCUGAAGGCCUCUGAGGCCGAGGACGACUUCUUCAAUCCCCGGCUGAGCAUCUCAGGCCAGUUCCUCUCCCGCCUCCAGAAGACAUCCAGGUUCAUCCACACCUUCCCUUCCCGGCUGCCCCUGCACCUCGUGAAAUCCCCGGAGGUCAAACUCAUGGAUCUCAGGGGGAGCCCGCCCAGAGCAGAGCCCCUGAGAGCAGGUACUGGCUACACCUGCCCAGGCAGGACCAACGUCAUCUCUGGGGGGAAGGCUGAGGAGCCCCUCGAGACCCUGGAAGCCUGGUCCCCACUGACCCCCUGCCUCAUGGGCCUGGCGCCCUGCAUCCUGCCCUCCUCUGUGCCGCCCACAGACAAGAAGCCUCCGACACCCGCAGCUCUACCCACUCCAGGCCUGGCUCAGGGUGUCCACACCCCCGCCGCCCGCUCCUGCAUGGAGGCCACUGCCAGUUCCUGUGCCAGGAUACCACACAGCAUUUCCGUUGAGGACAGUGAGGGCCCUGUCCUGGCUGAGCUGGCCAGGCCUCUGUGCAGGUCCUCGUCCCUGAGGGAGCUGGCCUCCCUGGGCCAGGAGCUCCAAGUCAUCACCACCACAGUGACACCCAGUUCUGACAGUGAGGGCCAAGAAGCUGUCCUGCCCUCCCGGGGCAACCAUGAGGCCCGCGCCAGCCUGAAACUCACCCUGUCAAGCAUCUGUGACAGGCUCGUGUUGCCCCCACCCCAACUGCAGCCUCCCACCACGUGUGUCUGGUCCCAGGAGCCUGUGGCCACCCAGCCCAAUGUCAUGGUCACAACAGCCAGCUUCCUGGCCCCCAGCCCUAUGGAUGGGAGUGGCCCAAGGCUCCACAACGCCACCUUUCUCCCAAGGUUCCUGGCCACCGAGUCCCUCAAUACCCCUUCCCAUCCCAACAGCCCCCCACUUCCAGAGGCCAGGCCUGGGGUCCCUGGCAGCAUCACCUCCCUCCUGGAGCCCACCCCUGAUGCACUCAGUCAAGUCCAGGGCUGCCCUGGACACUGCGGGGAACCGAGGGGCCCAGCCAGGGUCCUGCCCCCAGAUCCCCUUGAGCUGAGCAACGUGGGGACCGUCGUGCACAGACUGCAGACUACCUUCCAAGAAGCCCUGGACCUUUACCACCUGAUGGUCUCCAGUGACGAGGUGAGCGCCGAGCAGCGGCAGGCACGGACUGAGCUGGCCUCCACUUUCCUUUGGAUCCACAGCCAGUUAGAGGCCAACGACUGGCUCGUUGGGACCGAUCUGGCCCCAGCCCAGGCCCUGCCCAACCCAGGCCCCCCCUCCCCACCUACACUGUGCCCCCUGGCCAGCCCAGAUUUGCGUGCCCUGCUGGAACACUACUCAGAGCUGCUGGUGCAGGCUGUGCGGAGGAAGGCACGGGGGGACUGA